AUGGGAGGAGGUGAUGGCACCGGCCCUCGGGCGGCGUCUGCAGAUCCUACCCGUGUUGUCUGUUGCGUCGGCGAUAUCCACGGGUUCUACGACAGGCUUCUUCGCCUCUGGGCUAACCUCGAGCUCCGGGUAGGCGGCGCCGCCUUCCGCACGGCCCUCGUAAUUUUCCUCGGUGACUACUGCGACCGCGGCCCGCAGACCCGGGAAGUCAUCGAUUUCCUCCUAUCUCUUCCCUCGCGCUACCCGGAGCAGAGGCACGUCUUCCUCUGCGGAAACCACGAUCUGGCCUUCUCGGCCUUCGUCGGUGCCCUGCCGCCGCCGCACGACGGUUCCACGUUCUCGGAAACGUGGGCGGAGUACGAGGCGAACGAGGAGAGGGAGGGAUGGUUCAAAGGGGAGGGCUACGAGGGGAUGCACCUGCAGGGGCGGCGGUGGGGGGGAGUGAUACGGGAUCGAUGGAACUCCAAGAGGGGCACGGAAUACCUGGGAUCCAUCUACGACGCCGGGCCUACAUUUCAGUCCUACGGCGUCCCGCACGGCUCCAUCGGUGAGAAACCUCUUCUUUCAGGCGGUAACCGCUUACCGAUUUAUCGCAGAUUGAGAACGAAAUGUGCUCCUCUUCCAAUGAUCCCGUUUCUAGUCAGUCAAAAACCCCAAAGGCGCGGGGCGAUAUCUCGAGCAUUCUCCUGGGGAUUCUUCUUGUGUUGUUUUCUUCUUAUUUAUUUUAGGACCAAGGGCCUUACUCUUUGAGUUGCGUUCGUCCUGUCGGAAGGGUGGUUUCCGUAAGAGAAAGCCGAAGGCCUUAGUUCGUCCAGAGUGGACGUGCAGGCUCCGGUUGGAGGAUUUUGCUCUCGCUUGCUGUUUCUAAAUCACCCUUGUUCUUCUUCUUCUUCUUCACUUCCGUUAUCAGUUCGUCGUUAAUCUGGAUCGACUUGUGCUUCACUGUUUCAGAGUUAACUAAAGCGGUCCCAGAGGAGCACAAGAAGUUCCUUUCGACCCUGGUCUGGAUCCAUGAGGAGGUUGUCGAUCUGGAACAGGAACCCGGGGAGUGCAGAUGAGGUGUUAAAAGCCAUAUUUGACUGAUGAAUCCAUGUGACUGGUGCCUGUUGCAGGACGACGUCGGCCUUGACGCUCCCGAAGGAAGACUCUGCUGCAAAUUGAUAGCUGUUCAUGCGGGGCUGGAGAGAGGAAAGCCGGUGGAACAGCAGUUAAGGACCUUGAGGUCAAGGGACACGAGUAUUUCAAAAGUGGAGGCUCUCAGUGGGAGGCAAAAUGUUUGGAAUAUUCCCAAGGUAACGAACUUGAAUCGACCAUUAUUUCCUUUGAAGAUAUGCUUAUAUGCCCUUGUUUGUGGUCGUUAUUAUUCCUCAAAGCUUCGCCGUUCCUCCCCUACCUCAUACAAUAAUUUGUUGCCUGAAUGAUGAUAUCAUUGGAUGGAUACUAUUUUCCGACCUAUGAAAAGAGAGAUGCUUGUCUGCUUUUUGGGCGUUAUAAUCCAAGAACGCAAGUUUUGUCAUCUCCUCAUUUGCAGAAAUGAACCCGCUAUGGUCUAGCUUCUGUAGAUGUUCCUGGACUCAAUACUGGAUGCAACCUGAACCAGUUGCAAGAAAUUCAUGCUCAGCAGAUUGAUCUCAUGUGGAUGUUCGGGCAACCUGUGAGGCCCCAGCGGCGUUUGAUCUAUUAUCAGAUUAGCGUUCUGCGACGAGGUGGCUGCCUGUGUGAAUUCCUGUCUUGAUAUCUUGUUGAUCAAAGUGGGCUUACCCAAGUUCUUGCUGCAUCGCAGCACCACUGAUCUUGAAUCAACAUUAGGAUUUCCCGAUUUUGUUUGGCUCAUACAGGUCCGAUUGACCUUGAGUGAUUUUGACAUCCUUUGGGCCAGUAUGGUGAAUAUCUUAGCAUCCGGUUGUUCGUCGACUUUCAUGGUAUGGCCAAUCUCUCCAUCUUCGUGUCGAGGAACAGCUGGCCGUACUGCCCUCUGUAUUGGUUCUUUUCUGAGCCCCCGUCUGUGUUAAUAGCGGUUGGGGGAAUCUUUUGGGGAAGCAUCAUGUCCCCUUGGCAUCUCUCGCCUUCCACCAAGGAUUCUCAACAUGAAAACACAGACACAGGCCUGAAUGUUGAAUAUGAGAAAGGAUGGGUCCGGAAAUGAUUUGUGUCGCUUCGAGAAGUGCUUCCUUCUUUGGGAGACCCAUCUCUUCUCGGCAAUGCACGGUUCCACUCUGCAAGUCCUUCAAAGCCGAUUCCCGUUACAAAAAAUAUGCCUUCUAAGGUGGUCAGCGAGCAGUAAUCCCUCAUUAGUGAAGAUAUGAGUGGCAACAAGGAAGAUACGCGUGGUCUCCAGCAAGAUGAAAGAGGCAUGGAUAUGGUUAACCUUGGUGCUGUAAGAAGUUUAUGAUUUGAGUAAGACGAUGGGCAUUGUAUUAUCUUUGUUUGUGAAGCCAAAUGGUGCUGUCUCUUGAACCUUGGUUAGGGGGCCGAAGUGGACCCUCACCCCAAACUCUAAACCAAACCAGUCCAGUCCUGUCAGAGCUGUCUGUUCCCCAUGCCCUUGUUGUAAAGCCAGUUCCUUCUCGUGUUUUGCGCUCGCUACUGGCGAGCUUCUCUCGAAUGUUUAUGUGCUGCUGGCCCAUUUGCGGGUUUGUUAAACACCAGGGUUUGUUAAAAAUCGAUACCCUCGGUUCCAAGAACUGACCGGCCAAGUGGCCCACGGGCUCUCAGAUUGUGGACGACAACAGAUCGGCCCCGUCUCUUGAUCGGUCUUCUCAAACCACUUUCAUCGACCCCUUUUGAUCAGUAUAAAUUGGUAGCAAGUCCAUGAUUGUACCACGCUGUCUUGUUCUCUCUCUCUCUCUCUCUCUCUCUCUCUUGUUGGUGGCUUACCUCCUCACACUUAUCGUGCCUUCCUUCCCUCCUGAUUCUUUCUUCUCCCCAAGGACAUCAUGUCUCCGCAGUGCGUGCUCAGUAUGCGGGAAACUUUCCCUGUGCAGGAACUAUCGGGGGAGACGCCCACGAUAAUCGUCAGUGGGCACCAUGGAAAGCUUCACCUGGAGGGUCUCCGGUUCAUUGUCGACGAAGGAGGCGGGAGGAAGGAAUCCCCUGUGGCGGCUCUGAUACUCCCUUCUCAGACCAUCGUCCGCGACACUGACUGA